AUAUCAGUUUUCCCAUCGACUCUAGCUCGUCGAACACCAAUCCAACCCAACAAAAACCUCCUCCGCUUGGUCGUCACCAAGCGCAGGAUACUACCAAAGCCAAGUCCAGUGAUGGCCAACUAUGGUCGUUGAGCAGCUAUGACUUCAUAGCCCGACACUAUAGCACUGUUAGCAAACCCAGAUCUGGAAUUUUCCAGCUUUGCCAUAAAUCAUAUCUCCGGGCUCUUGUCCUCUUCCACGAGCAGGGAAAUGCAUUUUCUUCUUCUUGGGUGAACUUGAGAAUUGAGGAGAGGAAAUUGAAUAAUGGUACCAGUUUUUCUCCUUUGAGGAAUGAGAUGAUGAAGUCACUGUGCAUGGGAGAAAGAGGAACCCGAUGAUGGUGAUAGAGAGAGAGGGCGAAAUUCUCACUGGUGAAGUCUAAUAAGGAGGUUGAAGAGGAUUUUCAUGGAGAUUUUGGGGCAUAGGCCUCCCACCAACAAAGAAGUGGCCUAGGAUUGUGUGGAAUCAAUUGGAAAAAAUUAAGUUCUGCAAGAAGUGAAAAUUUGCAGAGAAGAAAAGAGUCCAAAAAAAUGCUUCUCUCCAUUUCAGACAGUGUCAGGAAGCUAUGGGAGAGAUGGAAUCUUCGAGGACUCAUUAUUAUCAGUCUCUCACUGCAAGCCUUCUUAAUUAUGUUUGCAUCAUCAAGAAAACGAAGAGGUGGAUGGAAAAUUGUCAUGUUAAUCUGGUCAGCUUAUCUGCUUGCGGACUGGGUUGCUACGGUUGCCAUCGGGCUCAUCUCUAGCGGCCUCGGACUCACCCUCAGCAGUCAGGCUAACACGUCGACUCUCCGCGAAAGCAAUGACAUCUUGGCUUUUUGGGCACCAUUUCUUUUGCUGCAUCUUGGUGGCCCCGACACGAUUACCUCUUUCGCCCUAGAGGAUAACGAGUUGUGGGUGAGGCACAUGCUCGGGCUUGCAUUGCAGGUUCUUUCUACCGUCUAUGUCUUCCUUCAAUCACUCCCAAAGAACAUUCUGUGGCUUCCUUCUGGGUUCGUGUUUAUUGCAGGAAUAAUCAAAUAUGCAGAGCGGACUCGUGCUUUGUAUCUUGCAAGCUUGAAUCAUUUUGGAGAAUCUGCAUGUAGAAAGCCAAACCCCGGCCCUGAAUAUCAAAGGAUUCAGAUGAUAUACUCUUCAAUUCAACAAGCUAACCUUCCAGCACGAACACUAAUAAUAAAAAGACCAGAGAUUUUUGAAAGCAUGGAGUACCUAGAAGAGCAAAACAGAGAAGAUGAUUCAAGGUCAAUAUUACGAUUUGCAUUUGAGUUCUUUGAUACUUUCAAGGGGUUAAUUGCAGGACUUCUUCUUAGUCCACAAGAACGCCAUGUGAGCCGAGAAUUUUUUCUCAACCGAAAUCCAAAUUCCGUGUUCCAAAUCAUAGAGAUUGAGCUCAGCAUUUUGUAUGAGGUUCUUCAUACCAAGGUGCAGGUGGUACGAUGUAAAACUGGGUACAUUUUCCGCAGUGUUAGUUUUGGUUGCAUCUUGGGUGCCUUCUUCUCAUUCUUCUUUGUUAAGAAGCAUUCGUUCCGAAUGUUUGACAUCAGGCUAAGCUACAGCCUACUGAUUGGUGCCAUGGUAUUGGACUUCAUUUCUCUCAUCUUUGUCAUUUUAUCUGACUGGACUGUUCGUGGCCAGUAUUGGGAUAAGGGGGCCGCAAAUAUUGCAUCUAGAGUUAUCAAUAGGCGCAGGUGGUCUAAAUCUGUGUCCCAGUACAAUUUUUUUACUUAUUGCCUAAAUGAUUAUCCAGAAUGGAUAAACAAAUUGGCCGAAGCUCUGCACUUGAGGAGCAUCUUGGAAGCCAUUAAUGGAAUGCGACAUCGGUUCUCCAAGAAAUUCAGAAAAAAUCAAGAAUGGCACUUCAUUUUCAAAGAACUGUGGAAAAAGUCUCGGACUGCAACAACUGUAGAACAGGGUAAGAAGAUUUGUUUACAGAGAGGAGAUGGAAUUCUCAGCGAACGUGAAAAUGAACAUCUGAAAUGGAGCAUUCAGGAUUUUAAUUACACGGAAAGCCUUCUACUGUGGCACAUUGCGACAGAGUUAUGUUACGAAGACAAAGCUAAGUUAGAGAUAUGUGACGAAAACAAAGCUGAGGACGGACCUUCAUCUGAGAAUAUUGAUUAUAAGGCAAUAUGCAAGUUACUUUCGGAUUAUAUGUUUUACCUUCUGAUGAUGCAGCCAACAAUGAUGGCCCCUGUGUCCGGUGAUUGGAAGUUGGUAUUCCAAGACACGUGUGCAGAGACCAAGAGAUUCUUGUCUGAACAUUCCGUUUCAACUACAGAGGAGGCCUGCAAAGAGAUCCAUGAAGCGGAAGCAGAAAUCAGGCCUAGGGCUUUAAGAGGUGGAGAGAGCAAAUCAGUAUUGUUUGAUGCACGAAUCCUCACUGGCGAAAUCAAGAAGUUGAAUGGUAAUCGAUGGGAACUUAUGAGCAAAGUUUGGGUGGAACUCAUGUCCUAUGCAGCAAUUAAUUGUAGGGCAUAUGUCCAUGCGCAGCAACCAAGUAACGGGGGAGAACUUCUGACUUUCGUUUGGUUAUUGAUGAAUCAUUUGGGGUUGGGAACUCAAGUUUCCGAAGAUGAAGCAGUUAGAUUGAAGUUUGUUGUGGGAAAGUGAAUCAAAAUGAAAUUGUAGAAGUUGAUUUUGUGUCUUUCCUCUCAUCUGUCUUUGUUUGGGACCAAAUGAAAAUGAUGGGUUAUA